CUCGUGGCUCCCUUACCUAGGUCCUUCGCGAUACUCCGUCCGGUCCCGCCUAUUCUCUGCCCCGGACCUUUAGGCUUCUCUUGGCCCGUUUGAAGACCAGGAAGUUGAUAAGUCGCGAGGCUCGCUGCUGAGAGACGGUGGCUCGGGUGGGACAGUCGCCAGGGAUGGCGGAGCGUAAGGAUGGAGCGAGUGUCCGGACUGCUCUCCUGGACGCUGAGCAGAGUCCUGUGGCUGUCGGGCCUCUUUGAGCGGGGAGCUGCCCGGCAGCCCCGGAUCAUGGAAGAGAAAGCGCUAGAAGUUUAUGAUUUGAUUCGAACUAUCCGGGACCCAGAGAAGCCCAAUACUUUAGAAGAACUGGAAGUGGUAACGGAAAGUUGUGUGGAGGUUCAGGAGAUAAAUGAAGAAGACUAUUUGGUUAUUAUCAGGUUCACGCCAACAGUACCUCAUUGCUCUUUGGCGACUCUUAUUGGGCUGUGCUUAAGAGUUAAACUUCAGCGGUGUUUACCGUUUAAACAUAAGUUGGAAAUCUACAUUUCUGAAGGAACCCACUCAACGGAGGAAGAUAUCAACAAGCAGAUAAAUGACAAAGAACGAGUGGCAGCUGCGAUGGAGAACCCCAACUUACGGGAAAUCGUGGAACAGUGUGUCCUUGAACCUGACUAAUAGCUGUUUUAAGAGCCACUGAACUGGAAUCAUUUGAUAUAUUUGUUUAAACUCUUUGUAAAAUGUAAAAGACUCAUGUUUAAUAUGUAGGUGAUUUGUACCUCAGUGCAUUUUUUUAAAGGAUGAUUUCCAAGCAAGAUUUAAUUAUAAGGUAGUACCUAGUUUGUUCAGUGUUUAACAUUCUCAGGAUUUGUAACACUUAAAUGAUCGACAGAAAAAUAUUUUCUAGUAAUUAUGUGUCAGAUGAGUUGCUAUUUUUCUGAUGCCCAUUCUGAUACAACUGCUUUUCAUGUCAAAUAUCUACUGUGCCCAAAUGUAUUCAGUUUAAAUCAUUACUCUGUAAAUAAAUAAAACAGAGAUGAUUCUUGUAUACACCUUAGAAUGUUUUUAUUUAAUUGUAAAUUUUAGUGUAAAUGUUAGCACUAAAAGAUAUUUCCAAAGCUUUAUUUUCUGAUUAUUAUGUAGAAUCAGAGAUAGGAGAACCAAAAAGAACCCUUAAUAUCAGGCCUGGGCCCUGACUUCCUUCAGGAAGAGUCCUGGACCCAUUUAUAGAUAAGGAACAAAUGUGAAGAGGGCCAGGUGACAUAUAUAAUUUUGAAGAUCAAGAAGUCCCCAAAGAAAUUUUGAUUAAACAAUCUAAGUCAAUGGGUUCUUCUUUAUUUGUACCUUGUUCAGUUUGUUUUAGGGGACAGUGGUCAUUUGAAGUGUAACAGGGUAUGUUAGGAAGCUUCCGAGGUGCCCCUCCUCCCACCAAUGAUCCUUGAUUCCUGAUAUUCGUGCCCUUGUAGUUUCCUUCCAUAUUGAACCAGAACUGGUUGCCAUGACUAAAAAAGAAUCAGAGGUGACAGUGUGUGAUUUCUGAGGCUAGAUCAUAAGAGAUGUUACUGCUUUCACCUUGUGAUCACUUGAGUUGCUCGUUCUGCAGGAAUCCAGCUGCCAUGUCCUAAGAACACUCAGACAGCCCUGUGGACAAUUCCACAUGGAGAGGAAUUGAGGCCUUCCACCACCAACGAGCACCAACUUGCAUACCAUGUGAGGGAACCACGUUGGAAGCCAUUGUGAAGCCUCAGUCAGGCUGACAUCUUGCCUGGAACCUCACUAGACCCUGAGCCAGAAGCCGCUCCCUAAUUCCUGAUGCAGAGAAGCUGUGAGUGAUAAUAAAUGUUUAUUGUUCACAGCACUAAGUUUUGGUGUAAUUUGCCAUGCAGCAAUAAGUAACUAAUACACAGGUAUUAGCAUAGAACUCUUCUGCCUCAAAUUUAAUUGAGGAUUCUAAGGGGAAAACAUGAGAACUUGUUCCAUGGCUCUUGAACCCCUUUAUCCACUUCAAGAAUAUGAGUUUUGAGAGAACAGAGAGGACUUGGUAGGAAGAUUGAUGAAGAGAUUUCCUUGGUUAAAGCUGUUGCUAUGCUGAGUUCCAACCCCCAUCUUGGUGGAAGGGUGAGGAAAUGACACCUUCUACCACUAUCCGCUGAGGGGAAUUUCAAGGGGACAACUCAGAGAGUUUGGAAAUGUGUCCUCUGCAGUUGAGAGACCCAGAAAAGUGGUGCCUGACUCAGGCCUGAGAAAGCAAGCAGAAGUGGGCUUGAAGGCUGGGGCCUGACUCCUGCCCAGGAAAUCUAGAGGGUGAGAGAAAGGCAAGGCUAACUACCUUGAUGACAGAGCCCUGGGAUGCACAAGUGUUUCUCGUGGACCAUGCUAUGGGGUCAUAUUUGACAUUGCUCAACAAGCCAUCAGCAGGGCCAAGGAGACCUCAGAGAAAGCGUCUGGAGGUGUACUGCCUGGUGCCCAGGGACUGAGGAGAGAAGACGGCAAGUGAGCAGCCAGGAUGGAGAUGCUUCUGCCAGGGUCAGGGAACGCCUGGUAAGCAUACGAAAGUGCCAACCUAAGAGAAAGAGCCAGCUCUAAUCAUCAGGCAGAGAGAGCACGAAGCCAAGCAGCUACGUAAGAACUGUCCCAUCUCUGGUGCUCCUCCCUCCCUCAGCUCCCGCAGUGGCGAAGUUGAAGAGGGGGAAAGAGGAGAGAGCAGAGGACCCCAUCCCAUGGCUCCGCUGGAGGUUUCAAGCCUGAAGCAAGCUCAAGUUAGGAAAGAGUUGAUGCCAAGUUUGUAGUUCUAACUAUUAGAUGUGACUAGAUAAUUCAGUGUAAUGAGAUUGUAUGGUUAAAAGUGACAAGACGACUUAAUCUGACAGAAAUCAUGUGUCUGCCCAAGUCUUCACCCAUGGGCAGAGGAGGAUCAUGCCUUCUCAACAAAGUUUCGAAGGAUUAGUGGGGGACAAAAAUAAAAUCAAUUCUUACACAACAUACUGGUUAUAGAAGUCCUAUUAAAACCAUCUUGGGGACUUCCCUGGUGGCGCAGUGGUUAAGAAUCCUCCUGCCAAUGCAGGGGACAUGGGUUCGAGCCCUGGUCCGGGAAGAUCCCACAUGCCGCGGAGCAACUGAGCCCGUACGCCACAACUACUGAGCCUGCACUCUAGAGCCUGCGUGCCACAACUGCUGAGCCGACGUGCCACAACUACUGAAGCCCACACACCCAGAGUCCGUGCUCCACAACAAGAGAAGCCACCACAAUGAGAAGCCCACGCACCACAACGAAGAGAAGCCCCCGCUUGCCCCAACUAGAGAAAGCCCGCGCGCAGCAACGAAGACCCAACACAGCCAAAAAUAAAUAAAUUAAAAAUAAAUUAAUUAAAAAAAAACCCCAAACCUUCUUGGCUUCUGCUGAGGCUCUGCACUGUGGGAAUACCCCAGCAGAGCUUCAUCCCCGUGAUCUUCCUCUCUUGAGAAAAACCACUAACAUUGUGGCAUCAGAGCACCAGCUUUGUGGCAAUGUCACUGUCGAUUCUUAAUCUUUUGCUUUGAAAGCUCUCAUUGGCUCCUCUCUUUCUUCCCAGAUCUUUAAAAAUUGGU